UAGGUGCGUUGGGCAGGGCGAUGAAAACUUUAGCAGCUGGUAUGUGUGGUUCCUGAUGUUGUUUUUCCUGGCCUUGCUCCUGUCCUGCGGGAUCUGCUGCUGCCUGCAGUGCUGGCUGAAGCGGCGGAGCUGCCUCCCUCACCCACGCACCCUGGCCGUCUUUGCGCUCAGCAGCUCGGAUGCUUUCUGCGCGGGUGAAGCCCCUCAGUGCCCGUUCUCCAGAUCUCCGAACCCCUGUGUGAACAUGGAGACGUCCUCUCCUCCUGCCCCGCGGUUCAGCCUUGGGGGAACUGAGUUGCCUCCAUCCUAUGAGGAUAUCAUGAAGGAAAACAAGCUCUAGACACCAUGCGUUAGCUUUCUGCGAUCCCACUUGGUUCAUCGGAGACCCUCCAUGAUGCUGCAGUAGUGUGGGAGGAGAUCAGCCCUCUCCACAGGUUGGCCAAGAGACUGAAAAGCAGCACGUAUUUCAUUUGAACCUAAAAGGGGAGCCAAAAUGCAAGAGAAUAAAUACCAAAAGCAUGUGUUGAAUCUGUCACAGGGGUUCAGAUUGACAUUUUGAUACAACUUAAUUUUGAGAAACUCCCUCAAAGGUCUGUCUGUGUUGAGGGUUUCUCUCUUGAAGGCUGCUCAAGCUGGUGCAACCCCAUGUGUUUUAGGACUGGAUGUUGAUAAAUGACUCGAUAGUUACUUCUCAAGCUUGGGCUGCCUCCUUCACUCAGAACA